AUGACAACUCCUAAAAUCUCUCUCAUUCCUUUCACUAUUCUUUCGAUCUUCUUCUUCUCUUUCACUCAAGGAGCCAACUUCGAUGUCAUAAACCAAUGUCCAUACACAGUGUGGGCCGCUGUCUCAACUGGUGGAGGUAAACAGCUUGAAACAGGUCAAUCAUGGCAAGUCACAGUUGCACCAGGAACACCUAAAGCUCGUAUCUGGGGAAGAACAGGUUGCAACUUUGAUGCAAAUGGAAGAGGGAAAUGUGAUACAGGCGACUGUAAUGGAAUGCUUGAAUGUAAUGGUUAUGGAGCACCACCCAAUACCCUAGCUGAGUUUGCUCUUAACCAAUUCAACAACGAUGACUUUGUUGACAUAUCUGUCAUCGAUGGGUUCAAUAUCCCGAUGGAGUUUAGCCCAGUUGGUGCUUCAUGCAAGACUAUGAGGUGUGCUGCUGAUAUAAAUGGUCAGUGCCCUGAACAAUUGCGAACUAAGGGAGGAUGUAAUAACCCAUGCACGGUUUUUAAUACUGUUGAGUAUUGUUGCACGAUUGAACGUGGUAGCUGUGGACCUACUGAGUAUUCGAAGUUCUUUAAGGAUAGGUGUCCUGAUGCUUAUAGCUACCCUCAAGAUGAUGAGUCUAGUUUGUUUACUUGUCCUGGUGGAACUAACUACAAGGUUGUGUUUUGUCCAUGA